AUGGUGGUUCUCCGUCACACCCUACCAGACGGGAGUUCCCACUUCGAUUGGAUGAUCGAGCAUCCACAAAUUCGCUCAGAACACCGGCUCAUCACCUUCCGAUGCGUGUCCAAACCGAACCAGUCUGAGCUCGGCGAGGUCGAGAAACUUCAAGAUCAUCGAGCAGCCUAUUUGGAUUUUGAAGGUGAGUUAUCAGGGAAUAGGGGGGCAGUCAUCCGAGUUGCUCAAGGCCGAGUCCGAUUCAUCACGCCUCUCUCAGGAUCCGAUGAGUUCCCCAGACGAACGGAGGCUUUGAUCCAAUGGGAUGAGCCGGACCACCCCGCAUUCAGGUAUAAGUUCGAGUUCCAGCGGGACAACAUCUGGAGAACACCCAUGAUUCAUGGCCCACUCUAUGACCCACUCCCGCCUGGAUAUUCUGGACCUGUAAAGAAGGAGCCAGAGAAACCUGAGAAACCAAAGAAGGAGGAAGAGUCGCUCGGAUUAGACGACACCCUCCCGAUUGAUCUUGCCGCUGAGUCAGUUGCUCCAGCGCAGCCUGGACAAUCCAAGAUCACAACCUUCGAGCAGAAACUCAGUGCCCGUAGACACGAGGAUGAGUGGGCUCGCUCUCCCAAUGUGACCGGCACAGGCGCGAUACAUGUCAAGAGCUUUCACUGUCGAUUGACCGGUGACUCGCUUGAGUUUCUCGACCGCCAGAUCAAUGAAUGGCUCGAUGCACAUCCGCAAUACGAGGUCAAGAUGGUCACCAGCGCAAUGGGUACCUGGUCGGGCAAGCUCAAAGAACCCAACCUAAUCGUCAAUGUGUGGGUCUGA